AUGAACCACACGAGACCGCCUUCCCCGCCGCUGGCUGCGGCUCGCCCUAAGAAUUCGUCGUCUUCCAUCGCUUCCCAACAUGCCGCCAGCGCCAGCUCGCAGACUCUGGCAGGCUCCGCCAGUUCAAAGGCCCGCGGCACCACCCCAAGCCGCUCGCCCGCUCAGCCUGCAGACGGACGCCCCGGCCGGGCCGCCAGCAAGGACAGCCUCAAGCAGAAGAUGGCAGCGAAGAUAGCGGAGGAACCGUCGCGGCCAAGCAAAGCGGAUGAGGUGAGGUUAUCGGGGACAAUGGGAAUAAAGAAUAUGUCGGCUAACCCAACCCAGCAACUCCAAGUGCUGCGUUCAGAGUUCGACAGCCUCCGCUCCCACCUCACAUGCAAGAUUUGCGACCGGCUGCUCUAUCAGCCAUACACGAUAGCCUGCGGGCACACGUACUGCUAUAGCUGCCUCUGCACGUGGUUCGUCAACAACAAGCAGCGCAAAACAUGUCCGGACUGCCGAACCGUGGUGACGCAUACGCCAGCCCCGGCUUACGUGAUUCGUGACAUGAUAACGGUCUUUAUAAGCCGAGCCGAGUUACUUCCUUCCGGAGAGACGAAAGACCUUCAUACGAAAUGGCAAAAAGAGGAGGCCGAUGCUGUCCAACAGGAUAAGGACAACACCGAUCUUCGCGUAGGUGGUCUUUUCAAGGGAUGUUUCAAGCAGCCCACGCACGCACGAGGCCCUUCCCUGCAAGUAAUCCGCGAUCAGGAAGAUGGUGUCGAACGUUGCCCUGUCUGCUCAUGGGAACUCGAGGACGGCGAAUGCGUCCAAUGCGGGCUGUUCUUCGAUGACAACGGAGAGUUGACCUGGACCGAUAGCUUCACUGGCUUCAGCGACAUGGACGAAAUGUCUGAGCAAGACCUGUCUGGAGAGGAUCUCGACGCAGAAAUGGACAUGAAUGAUCCGGACUUUGAUCCCUACGGUGCACCUCCGGGCAAUUGGGAAGACUACUACCCGGACGAUGGCAAUUUCAUGAUGCAACGAUUCCUACAGCACGGAAUUCCUGCUGGAUACAUGCAGCAGCGCAGGCACAUGUCGCAUAGCGAGGCUGGUAGCAGACGAUCAUACUCGCAAAGCAUCGUCUCUGAUCUAUUGACGGAGGAGAUGGACACCGUAGAGGAGGAAGACGAGGAAGAUAUGGAAGAGGACUCUUCUAUGAACGACUUCAUAGAUGACGACGAAGACCAGUCAUCCGCAUCUGCCGGUGCUUCAACCCCCGGUCAGACGCCCCAACCAUCAAACUCCCAAUCCAGGCCCAACAGGCGAGCCAGCCGAGUCGUGGAGUCAGAGACAUCUUCCACUAUCUCCAGCGUGAUUGAGGAGGAAGAGGACGAAGACGAAGAGGAUCAGGGCCCGAUCCGCAGAGGUCAGCGGAAUCGUGCCCAAACACGCAUCCUCAAUCGCGCCAAUGGCUCACGGGAACCAUCCGGUCCUCCAUCAUCUACGUCAACGGAUGUCUCUACUGAUGAUCUAGAUGAAGAUACGCAGGCAUUGCUGCAGUCACAGGGGUGGAUGCUACAGCACCAUGGGCCUGACGAGAUGGGCGAGGAUGAUGAUAGUGAUGGAGGGAGAACGACUGUUGGGUCGACUGUUGGGUGGGAUGCGACCGCGAUUUCCAAUGAUAGAGUCCGAAUGGGCGGUUCUCUAACACCUACUGCAGAUCGCCCUCGACCCAAUAACACGAUCCGCCCUCCUUCCCGUGUCGGCAAUCCACUCCGGCGACAGGCCUCCGUCGUCUCUACCACCAACGCCCACUACGAGGAUGGCGAGGCCGACGAUGACGACUCCGAUAUGGACCAAGACGGAGAUAUUACAAUGGCUAUUAACUCUCUUCGUAAUCGACGGUCUCGGGCGCAACUACGCAAUGCCGCCGCCUUUGCGAACUACAACAAUCGUUACUCGAACCGGGGAUUAUCCCAGGGUAACCCGGUCGAUUUGGAUGCAGACGACAAUUCAGAUCAUUCACAAGAUGGUUUGCAGCGAACACAUCAACAGGCCUACAAUCCUCGCAUCAGCCGUCUUUUCGCCGACCACCAACGCGCACUUCAAGAGAUCCAAGGAGGUCUCUUGGUGGAUCUAGAACCUCGCUCCAUCACCCCCGUUGCCCGUCCUCGCACAUCAAAUCGGAAUCGACCAAGUCCGGGACAAGCAUUCUCCCCAUUCAUGCCUCCUGCGCCGGCGCGUAUGCGCACGCCACUCAUGAACAGCACUGCGAACCCUGCCUUCAAUCCUCGUGCUCCAACGUCUCCACCUAGAAGGACCUCGCACACGCCGAGUCUUUCUGAAGUUAUCAAUGGCGACUAUGCUGUAAACGCAGGCCGUCCCGCCUCAGGAACUUCGACCAACAACUCUUCUGUGGUACUUACACCUGGCACUUCGACGCCUACAUCGCCGCAGUCUAACAGCACAAUAUCGCAAGCGCAAGCUGGACUGUCCAUCGAUCCGGGAGACCGACCACCCAGCAGAUUGUCGCGUCCACCUUCCGCUACUGGACGACGCAACUCGGCGGGCUUCUCGCCCGUGUACGCUCAGUUUCCUCACUCCAAUGUUGGUUUGAAUAUCCAGGGGCGCAUCUUCCCUCCACAGGCAGGCAACCCCUGGGGUGCGUUCGUGCAGCCCCGCAUCAGAAACCGCAAUUCGCGUCAGGUGCUUAGGGAGCAAUCUUCGACUGCCACACUGAGACCCGUCAGUUCCCGGGCUAACAUUCGAGAGCCUGUAACUUCACCGCAAGGCCCUAGAGCCCAAGCAUCGCGCAUUAAUUUACGGCCUCAGGCUUCCCGCCGUCAACUCAAUUCUCAGGCUUCCACGCGAACUCUGCGGGCAAGUGAGCACGCUCGGCCGCCUCAGUCUCCCACUACCGGUGGUGCGAAUGGUGGCGCACAACCUGCUUCACGCCCUACACGGUACACGCCUGAAGAGACAGACCGUCUUGCGCGCGAGCUCAUCAACACCAGGAUGCAGGUACUGAGACCACCUGGGCCGGCACCAGCACGCAACAACCCAUUUGUGCCAGGGUUCAGACGCCCGACUAAUCCAUCUGAAGCAACAGCCGGUGCUACUGUAGCGUCAUAUCAUUCCAGGAGCAAUUCAAACGAGUCUGCGAACUCGGGAAACUCCUCUCACACAACGACUAUGGCGCCGUCCUCGCCUGGACUUACUAGAAGGCGAAGCAACCGCCACAUAGGUGCAACACCACCAGGCGUCCUACCCGCGACUUCAGGUGGUGCCUUUCCGACGGCAGCUUCCGGUUAUUACGCUCGCCAAAGGCAGACCUCUAUCGGUAGCUCCAAUUCAGCUUUCGAUAUGCCCCUCGAUGCGAAUGCACGAGGUUUGAGUCCGAUGUUGGCGGCCUCACUCAUCUAG